AUGAUGGAGGAGUCGAUGUCCGGGAACAGUUCGGAGGACGACAUCAGUGUAGGCAGGCCCUCGCCGGCGCCCUCGAGGUCGCCUUCACCGCACGACUACUUCAGACCGCUGAAACGACUGAAGAUGGCUUCGGAACCGGUUGAGGAAAGGCGAGGAGAAGGCGUUAAGAGCUUCUCCAUACUGGACAUAUUGUCGCACAGUCCAAGAACACCACCGCGAAUAGUCCGGCCGUGGGAUGCUUCUGGAUUCGAGAGAUUGCAGCGGCUUCAGCGCUUGGCGGGAGCUGCUCUAUUAGACGGUGAACGCUGGAGGUUAGCGGCGCUAGGGCUUCUGCGGCCGAGGGACAUGCAAGCGGAAUGCUGUGACUCAGCUUCAGAGAGAUCCUCCUCAGCAUCAGAUUGUUGCUCCGAGCCGAGGCGACCUCAAGCCUCCAACGCGCCCCACACGCCUCUAGACGCGCUUUUCCACAUGACCAGCAAAACCUUCGAAGCCAACAACGCUGAUAAUGGAGACGGACAAUCGAAUCACUUGAAUCUAUUCAAUUCGAGACCACAGCCUAAGAAGAAGCGGAAAUCUAGAACCGCGUUCACUAAUCAUCAGAUAUUUGAGUUGGAAAAACGGUUUUUAUACCAGAAGUAUUUGUCACCGGCUGACAGAGACGAAAUAGCUAGCUCACUGGGACUAUCAAACGCACAAGUUAUCACUUGGUUUCAAAACCGACGAGCGAAGCUUAAACGUGAUAUGGAAGAACUUAAAAAAGACGUCGAAAGCGCCAAAGUAUUAUCCGCACAUAAGAGUUUCCUUGAAAACGUCACAGAUUUGGGUAUUUUGAAGAAAAAAGCUAUGAGUAUAGGCGCUAGUGAAGAAGCAGCUACUAACUUAGUAGUUAACGCGUCCAAAUGA